AUGGAUUCCCAGAUGUCCAGGUGUGGCCAGCUCACUGACAACUCAGUGACAGCUCAAUCUCUACCUUGCUUUUGCUAUGGGCACUCGACUGAGUGCUCCACAGCCAAGGGAUACUCAGUUCACACAAUCACCUCAACCUUCGACGAUGGGCCAGAGGGGUGGCGAGCUGCCACAGUUCACGGUGUGACCCCGUCUCAAGUCCACUUCCGCUGGUCCCCCACUCAUCAUGACAUUGAGGUCAUCUCCAAAGACAUCCUGCCUGUUUACCUCUAUGCCCCUGACUCUUACCUGGGCAACCAGGAGCUGAGCUACGGUCAGAACCUGUCCUUCUCCCUGAGGCUGGACCGAGGGGUUCGCCAUCCGUCCAUGGCUGAUGUGGUGCUGGAGGGAUCUGGGCUGAGCGUGGCAGCUUCCCUGGGAGACCUGAGGACCAUCGUUCCCAGUGGACAGAAGAUUACCUACACAUUCAGACUGAAUGAGCAACAGGGCAGUGAAUGGAGGCCCCACCUUUCAUCUUUCCAGUUUCAAACACUCCUCCACAAUCUGACUGACAUUAAAAUCCGUGGGACAUUUGGAGAAAAUGGGCGUGGUUACCUUGACGACGUGCACAUGCAGUCUGCCCGUCGAGGUGCCGGUUCCCCGGCUGCAUGGAUACAGAAAUGUAGCUGCCCAGUGGGAUAUGAGGGCCAGUUCUGUGAGAAGUGUGCUGCAGGGUAUAAAAGAAGUUCCCCAAGCAAAGGUCCAUAUAGCUCCUGUGAGCCCUGCAGCUGUAGAGGAGGAAGCUGUGACUCUGAAACAGGAGACUGUUACUCUGCAGAUGAGACCCCUGGACGCCAGACCUGCCCACCAGGGUAUUAUAAUGAUCCUGCCCAGCCACAGUCUUGUCUGAAGUGUCCCUGUCCCAAUGGAGGUGCCUGCUCCAUGAGCCCAGGUUCCCUGGAGAUCAAGUGUGACCUCUGUCUACCUGGCACCACUGGCUCACGUUGCCACACCUGCCAGGAUGGUUUCUAUGGCGAUCCCUUGGGUGAAGAUGGCAUCCAGAGGCCUUGUCGGCGCUGCCAGUGCAACGGGCACAUGGAUCCGAACACCGUCCGUAGCUGUGACCCACAGACAGGGGAGUGCCUGAAAUGCCUAAAGCAUACCACUGGCUUCUUCUGUGAGAGCUGUCUGGAGGGCUAUCACCACAGCAUACCAUCAGAGGCAUGCAAACUUUGUGGCUGCAAUUCUCAGGGCUCUCUGUACAACAAAUGCAGUGACCAGGGCCAGUGUUCUUGCAGAGAAGGCUUUGAGGGUCUGAAGUGCCAGCGUUCCGAGUGUCCCUCCUGCUUCAACCUUGUCAAGACUGAGAUGGAGGGGUAUAGUCGUAAACUACGGGAGAUAGAAACUCUGUUUACAGGCAUGGAGAGUGGCAGUCUGCCAGUUAAUGACGCCCAGAUGGAGAAAGCCAUCAGAACAGCAGAGGACAUAGUCACAGACCUGCAGAGAAAUGCACACACUCUCUCUGAAUCAGAGAAAGACUUACAGGCUCGGCUCUCGGACAUCAGUGCAACCCAGCUGAGUGAAGGCAGAGACAUCCAGGCGAUCUCCAACACCGUUGACAACAUCAAGCUGCAGGACCAGAAGUACCAACGACAGGUAUCUGAUGUCCAGACACUCAUCAGCGAUGUGCGGCGCAAACUUGAAGAGGCAAGAUUCAACAUCAAACAAGCUGAAUUCCCCUUAGGUGAUGCAGAGGCGGGCACGGACACCCUCUCUUCUCUGGUUCAGAGAGCAACAGACCUGGCUGAAAAACAUCAGAGCAAAUCAGGGACAGUGGAGAAGACAGCAAACGGUGCCCUUGCAAAGUCAGAGAAGUCCCUGGCACUCAUGAGAUCGGUCAUGACAGGGGAAAACAAGAUCAAGGAGCUUGUCAGUGAUCUCAAAACCAAGUAUGAUGAGAACUCAGCCCAGGUGAAGGCCAUGGAGAGCCUGGCUACUCGCCUGAGCAGCUCUGCCCGAGAUGAGAGCAGGAUGGCAACUGACACUCUGGAGCAGAUAGCCUCCCUGGAGCCGGGAAUCCCUCGUCCUCUCAAGAAGGACAUUGACCGUGUGUUGGCUAAAUUGGAUGGCCUGAGAGAACGGGUGGAGAAGAACCUAACAGUGUACCAAGCACUGCAAGAGGACACACAGGAGGACAAGGCCGCAGUAGAGGAUCUUCUGGCCCAGGGGAAGGCAGCUCAACGGAAAUAUGACCAGCUUCUUGACAGAGCAAAUGAUGCGAAGGCUGACACAGAACUGGCCCUGAAGGAUAUCACAGAUAAUAUUGAUGGGGUGGAUAAUGUACUGGAGAUGCUAAGAGGGUUUGAUGGCCAGAUCAACAAGAACAAGGCAUUGGCCGACGAGGCCAUAAAGAAACUCCCUGGCAUCAACGCCACCAUUCAUCAAGCUGUUGGCAACAACUCAGAGACUCUAUUCAUCAUAGGCAAUGUGUCUGGAGACUACAAUGAUGCACUGGGCACUGUCAGCAGCCUGGAAGCUGUGGUCUCUCGACUGGAGAGAAUGUCCGGCUCUUUACCAGUUCCUCCUGCUGGUCUGUUGAAGGACGCCACCAAGCUGAAAGAGGACGUGCAGGGUCUGCAGAAGCAGGCAGUGGCCACUGUGGCCGAAGUGGCAGCAGAGAGGGCUAACGCUGAGAUACAGAAAGACAGAGCUGCAGAGGCUUCAAUGGGAGCAACUGUCGCUUACAACAAUGCCAAGCACACCAGAGACGCUGUGGGAGAAACACUCCUGGUCAUCAAUAACCUUCUGAGCAUGAUCGGUAAACCUGGCAGUGUGGACGAGGAGAGGCUAGGGGAGUUGGAGCAGUCCAUCACCAGCGCUCGUGGCCAGGUCAACCUACAGCUCCAGCCUCGACUGCAGGACCUGGAAGAGAAGGAGGCCAGCCAGAGGACCAGGUUGACUGGCCUAAACCUAGAUAUCGAUAUGAUCCUGGACGACAUCAGGAACUUAGAGGACAUACACGCGAACAUCCCUAAGGGCUGCUUCAACUCCCCACCUAUUGAGAGACCUUAAUCCCCACCUAUUGAGAGAUCUAAAGUUUACGUCCCAAAUGGCACCCUAUUCCCUAUAUAAUGCACAACUUUUGACCAGGGCCCAUAAG